AUGGCCGACUUCAAGGUUGGCCAGACCAUCGAGACAAACGAUGGUCGACGAGCCAUCAUCCGUUAUAUAGGCGACAUACACGUUGCAUCGGGAACCUUUUGCGGACUGGAGCUCCCCACCGCGACCGGCAAGAAUGACGGAUCCUCGAUUGCUAAACCCCCCAGACCGGCCUCGCGUCCUACAAGCGUUUCCGGACCCACGAGGGCCGCGCCGAGAGCUGCGGCUGCUACAAAUCGCCUCUCAACUGUAAUUUCGCCUGCUCAACCUUCCGCCCGUUCACCCAUAAGGAAGUCCAGCAUUUCUACUGCAUCAUCUGCGCCUCCCACAAACCGCCUUUCCAGGCCCUCUAUCUCCGCACACAGGCCCUCACCGUCCUCCGCAAACUCAACCGCCACUGUAAAGUCGUCUCGACAAUCCCUUGCCAAUUCCAAAGAUGCGGCAACGAUUGACACUCUUGAGACGAAGCUUCGGCACCUCGAAAAACAAUAUACGGAAGCUAAAGAACAACUUAAGGAGUUGGAUCGGAUACAAGGAGACAAGGCCCGAUUUGAGGGCCUGGUACAGAAACUGCAGUCAAAAUGCCAGGCGUUUCAUCAAGAGAAUAUGGAAUUGAAGGCUGCCAUGAAGCGCACCGAGUCCGAGGUGGAUCGUUUGAGCCGCGCAGAACAAGAGCAUGAAAGUAUCCUCGAGUUGGCGACGCUGGACAAGGAAAUGGCCGAAGAGCGAGCGGAACAGGCCGAGGCAGAGCUUCAGAUAUUGCGGGAUCGACUAGAGGAGAAGACGCUUGAGCUAGACAUCUUGCAAUCAGAGGCGAGCCUUGUGACUGAGGACAUGUCGGACGAGGCUAAAGAAGCUGCCGGCUAUUUCAAGCUACAAAGAGAGAAUGAGCGUUUCAAGGACGCUCUCAUACGACUUAAGGAGAUCACAGAGGAGAAGGAAGCGGAAUUCAAACAACAAAUCCGGGAGCUGGAGGCGGAUGUGGCUGAAGUAGAGAAGUUGCGCGAGGAGAAGACAAGGCUCGAGGCCCUAGCAAGUGAGCAGGAGGAGGCUAUUGAUCAACUUCGUGCACAGGUCGACACUGACAAUUCCUGGGGUGAGAUGGUCGAGGAGCUUUCCUAUAAGACCCAGCAACAGGCGGAACAACUUGCCGAGCGAGAUCAGGUCAUACGAGACCUUGAAGCCUUGAAGGAGCUGAACGAUGAGAUUGCGGAGCAUCAGAUGGAGCAGGCAAACGACCUUCGUGCUGAGUUGGACGAGAAAGAGGCAGAACUGGCGGAACGGAUGCGGAUUCAAGAAGAACAGGACGCCACCAUUGCGGAGCAGGAGACGCUGAUCACGAAAUUCCGCGAUUUCGUCGCCGAUAUGCAAGCCCGAAUGUCCGACGCUGAGUCUUCCAAGAUGAUGACCGAAGAACAAGCAAAGGAUGUUAAUGCUCGAUUCAACGAAGUUAUGGAGUUGAACCGCCGGUUACACAAUGCCAAUCUUACAUCCACGGGUAAAAUCAUCACAUCGGAACUUCAGAAACUGGCGGCUCAGGAGGCGCAAGAGGAGCUUUCCGUCGUGAGGCACUACCUUGCUGAUUCACCCGAUGUCUACCAGAACAGUUCACUGCGGUCCUAUUUCUGCGUCAAGCGGAUCGACUUCAAGUCGAACCUGACAAGCAGCCUUCUGAUGUCAGCGGGCAUGCGACUAGGUAGCCCUGAUGAUGUUGACCGGUUUACACAGGACAUGUUCCGUUACGACAUCGUACAUCAGCUCACGAUCCUGGGGCUGAGGAGUGCGAUACUCUCCUCGUCUGUCUCAACCUCAUCCAUUGACCAAUUCAAUUUCUUCGCUUUCGCCUUCGAAGAGCUGGCUCCAGUGGAACGCACUGUGGAACGCUGUCUCGACUCCAUCAGCACGGACGAGCUCAAUUACAAAGACACGUCAGCAACCAUCCGCCGUGUCGGCGAAAUUCUUGCCACGGUCGUGCGGAAAUACCAGGAGGUCGUGCCUGCCCGUCCUGAGGAUGAGAUCAUGUUCAGAAUCUCGGCUAUGAAGUCCAGCUUUGAACUCAUCAAAGCUAGUUUAGACACACUCGCCUUAAGCGUUGAAACGUUUGGCAUCCAGCAAGAUGAACCGGGAGACCUGCUUCAGACCAUUAUGGAGACCAUUCGAAAGCCAUCCAACGAGGCUACACAGAAUAUCCUUGCUGUCGACAAGUUACUCCGUACCCUGCAGGCAUUACGAGCGGAUUCUCUAUAUCCGGACUUCCCGCUCGGCCUAGAAGAUAUCAUGGCGAACCAAGAGAAGAUUGCGCGUGCCGCCGAGGCAGCGCACCGUUUCGCUAUACAAGUUGGUGAAUCCACGAAGCCCAAUCCAGAGAAAGAUUCGCCUUCUAUGUUGGCCUCUGAUGUUGCCCCGAUCUUCAAUAAGCAGAAGGAGAUGUUGCUCGCAGACAGCGAACUGGGCAACCUUUCUAGCUUUACGCCGCUGAUUAAUUCGUGGAACGAGUACGGCUCGAUUCUGAGGAACAACAUCGAAAUUGAGCGCGGGCCGGCCCCAUGGGUCCUGAAGUCAAAGGAGCUGCAAGCAACGAAGAUGGAUCGCGCGGAAGCCGAAGAAAAGAUCCAGCAGAUUCUGGCAGAACAUAGGAACGCAUUGGUCCAGAUCAGGGAGAAGGACGAGCUGAUUGAGAUAAAGGAUCUCGAAAUUGAACAUUUGAAAGCGAAGACGCGUGAAGCAGCCGCCAAAGUACUCGAACUUGCCCAAGCCGAUGAGGAGCUGGAGAAGCAGAGGAAGCAAUAUGCCAAAUUCGAGGCAGAAGUCAAGAAGGAUCUUGAAGAGUUGAGACGCCUGAAAGAGGAGCGGAGAGAAUGGGAGUAUUACGCUGCAAAGAACAAACAACAUGAAGGGAUGUCAGAAGAAGAAAUGGGAGAGCUGGCCGAGCCUAAGAAGCGAGAGACAGCACCGAAAUCCAAGAUUAGCGAUGCCACGUCCUUUGCCACUCUUGUCUCCGCCCUGGAGAAUGAAAACCAUUGGCUCCGCCGCCGCGAGAACGCCGAAAUGUUCAGUCUCAAUCUGAGGGAUAUGCUGGCCAAGUCGCGCGAGUUCCAGCAG